AUGCGGGAGGCGCGCGCUCACUCCGCCAUGCACCUCCCCGCGUCCCCCUGGCUGCGCGCCCUCGCGGGGCUCUCCGCCGUGCUCGCGCUCGCCUGCCUCUACGCCGCCGUCUCCGCCCCCUCCGCCUCCCUCCUCUCCGCCUUCGUUUCCGCUGGCGGGUAUGGGGGGGGGAGUGGGGGUGAGGAUGAUGCGGGGAACGAAGGGGAAGCGGAGCUAGGCGCGCGACCGUUUGAUGACGCGGAGUGGGGGGAGGGAGAAACGGGGCAGGGGGGGGUAGGGGGGGCGGACCUGUUUGCGCUGGCAGCAGAGGCGGGGCGAGAGGGGGAGGCGGGGCGCGGAAGGGAGGCAGGGGGGGGCAAGGGCGAGGAGGAUGCUACACUGUACCCUUCACUGGAUGGCAGUUCCCCUGUGGUGGCGCUGCUAGCGGCGCACAGGCGGCGCAUGCAGCAGCGCGUGGAGGAGGCGCGGGUGCAGGCAGAGCGGGACGGGCAGCGCCUGCACGCUGCUGUCAGGGCCGCCGUGCGGGUGAGGGCGGAGAAUUGGGGGGAAAUGGAAGGGAGGCGAUGUCUGUGGAGGGUGGAGAGUGAGGAGUGGAGGCGCAGAGUGUGUCGUUUCAUGCGUGCUGAAGAGGGGGAGCGGCGUGCUAGUAUGCUCACCACUGGUGUCGCAACAGCACCGCAGAACACGAGCGAAAGGAAGGGGUGCUAUAGGAGGCCGCUGGAGGCUGGCGGUGUGAGAAAGCAAAGGAAGGGCAUGACUUCAAGAGGAGAGUAUGGAGGGGUGGUAGAAUGGCGCUUCAAAUGCAACUCAAUCCCACCCCCAUCGCCACCCCCACCCCCCCACCCCACCACCCCCCAUUACCCCUCCCCAAACCCUGCAUAUGACCACGACCUGCAGCAGCUGCACGUGGAGCGCUCAUCGCUGGGCGACAGCUUCCCCCUGCUGGACGAGGCGGCUGCUUCCACCAUUGCCGCGCUGCCACCUGGCGACGACAGCCUGGCGCAGAUCCACGCCAUGCUGGCAACUGCUCCACGUGUCAGCGUGGGGGAGGUGGACGUGGAGGGUGGGGUGGAGGGAGAGGGCAUGGUGGGAGCAGGAGCAAGUACAGGAGUAGAGGGGCGAGUAGACGGGGCGGUGGGGGAAGCAGCAUUGGAGGAGGCAGUGGGGGAGGCGGUGGGGGAGUGCAUGGAUCUUUACUUCCUGGCGGACGGGCUGCAGACGCGAUUCCACAUCGGUGCGUGGCCAGGAGGGCGGCAGGUACGGCACGAUGGCCAGGGGUUGGAGCGACAGAGCACGCCCUCACAGAAGCAGCAGCAGGCGGACAGGGAGGCGGAGUUGAGGCAGUUCAUGGUGGGGCAGCUGAGAGCACUGGACGACCGCCGCGAGUGGUGGGUGGCGCUCAACCUCACGGGCGAGCAGGCCAGUGAGAAGCUCAACACCAUGCCGGAUGGCGCAGACCCCACAACCAACUACUCUCUCCGACCAGACACAACCAGCCUGCUUGAAUUCGCCCUCUGCAACCUGCCUUCCUUCCCUCCCGUGAUCUCCUCAUCCUCACUCUUCUUGCCCUCCUCACCCUGCCCAUCCCCCACGCCUUACACCAGAGAAGAGCAAGCUAUCGGAAAGAGCAAGCUAUCGGAGUUCCUCUUCUGGUAUCUGCCCUUCCAUGCCUGGUUCGACUCUGAGGGGCCCGACCACCCCAAGGCCGUCGCUCACGUGGAGGAGCAGCGUGCUGUGCUGGCAGCCGCCACGUCAGCCGCCACGUCAGCAGAAUCCACCCUGAAAGCCACACAAGAGCAGCUAUGGGAGGAGUGCGGGCUGCGGCUGCCCCACAGCAACUGGACGGACGAGCAGAGCGCGCUGCUGGAGCGAUACGCUGCCGUGGCCAACGUGUCUGGGUGCACGAAACAGUGCACCGACUGGGAGGCUAUUUACCCCGAGUACGAAACCCAACCGGGGCUAGUAGCCCCAAAGCACGUGUGGCAGAAGCUCCCAGAGCACUACCCUGACACGCACCCCAACAUCUCCUUCCUCCUCACUUACAGCGGGCGAGCAGAGCGCGUGCAGGCGCUGGUAACCCGCCUGUACGCGUGCACGCACGGCAUGGCUGGGACGGGUUCACUGCCAGGCAUCCGGGCGGAGAUGCUGGUGAGUGUGAUGCACCCAGACGUGAGUCUAGAGGCGUGGAUGCAGGCGAGGAACGACACGGCGGAGGGCAUCUUUGUGGUGCCCGUGCUGCCGCGGUUGGGCGCUGCCCCGCUCAUGUUCAACGACCUGGCGCGCAUGGCACGCGGGGAGCUGGUGAUGAUGCUGCAUGGGGAUGCACUGCCGCCAGCCUCGUGCCUGUGGCUGGACAGAGUGCUGACCGCGUUUGCUGCGUGGCCGCGCCUGGCAGUGGCGGGGUUCCGCACCGACGGCCUGGGGGAGGCUGGCCGCGCAGAGGAGCGUGUGGGGGGAGACGAGGCGCCUCAGGCGGCACGCGCUGCUGCCAGUGUGCGGUUCUGGAGGGGGCUUGCGGAGGAGAUGGAGGGCAGAGGGGGAGCGGAGGGAGGGGAGGUGGGGUGGAGGGACCCUGAGACGGGAGUGGCGAUGCAUUUCACGGGGCUGGUAACCGCGUUCCCUCUCGUGCUGCGGCGCUCUGUGCUGGAGGACAUGGGGUGGCUGGAUGAAGCGGACAUGCGGCAGGGGAGGGCGGCUGUCAUGAGCGACUGGCACCUCUGCUGCCGUGCAUGGCUCUCAGGCUACCAGGUGGGUGGUGGGCUACCAGGUGGGUGGUGGGCUGUCAGGUGGGUGGUGGGCUGUCAGGUGGGUGGUGGGCUGUCAGGUGGGUGGUGGGCUGUCAGGUGGGUGGUGGGCUGUCAGGUGGGUGGUGAGCUGUCAGGUGGGUGGUGGGCUGUCAGGUGGGAGGUGAGCUGUCAGGUGGCGCGUGUACAGCUGCGCAUGGGGGAAGGCGGGCGUGGGGACUGGCCCACCGUGACGCGCGCACAGCAACGCCACGUGCUGCCGGGGCAUGGCGCCUCUGGUGGGGGCGAGCAGGGCAGGGAGGUGGAGUAUGGGGAGUAUGAUGCUGCCAUGGCAGAGUACCAUGAUGACAUCGUCAAGGAGGUCGCUCGCUUGAAUCGCCUGCUCGUUCGCAAUCAUUAG